AUGAAGCAUUCUAGAGGUGGCAGCCUCAAUUCCGAAGAAGACACUAUGAAGCGAAAAGCAGAAAAGCAGCAAUCAGCCGCAGCACCAGCAGCGCCGGUUAGCGCAUUCGCAGCACGCAAAGCUCGGCAGCAGCAGCAGCAGCAGCAGCAGUCGCAGCAGGAAGAUGUCGCGAUUACGGUGAAUAAGGCAUUGGAGCUCGAAUCGCAAGGAGAACCCCCAUCUAAGAAAGCACGGCGUUUGUCCGAGAAGGAGAAGGAGAGUACGCCGCAGUCUGCCGCGGGAGAGGAUGAUAGUCAGAAGCGACUGGCUUUGCGCAAGAAGAAGGAUUCUGGGAAGACCAAGAAGUCUGUGGAUACACCAUCGAAGAUGAGGGAGGAAGCACGUACGGUCAAGAAGGAGGUCCAGGCUCCGUCUGAUAUAGAAUCGGGGAUUGAGCAGACAAGUGUCGUGGAGGCGAAUCCUGAUGAUGCUGUUGCUUCAAUCGACGGUGAUGCUGAUGGAUAUGAAUCGCCGACGACGCAAAUACCUGCCGAAAUCCAGAACUUCCCUCUGUCCAAGACACGCUUGAACAAGAACAACAUCGUCUACAGCGAUGAGCAUAAAUUGUGUGUUCGCAUGAAAGAGAAGAUGAACCUCACCUUGCUCGGACACUACGACCUCUGGGUGAAACGGGGAGUGAUCAGCUUGAUGGGAGCUAAACUACACCCUUCGCCUCGCGUUUAUCGGGUCUACGCUCCUUCGACACACUCGCUGCCUGUGAUCAAGUGCGUUGCUGGCGUAGGGGGUGAAGCGGAAAUCGAGAUCAAGUCUUGCCAUAGCGGCAUCUAUCGCCUACGUGAUAUUUCUCCAUUGUAUCAACGAAUAUGGAAUGGCAACAAUACAUCUGCUGAUAAGCUCACCUUGAAGAAUGCGCCGACAAGUCACAGGAGGACAUUCUCAGUGUUGCAUACGUCCGCAGAGGACUCUCUGAAACGACAUUUAAGACCCCUUCACCUCGAGAAACAGUGGAGUUCGUCUAUCAAGCAUCUUUCCGAGCGAGGCGGACAGCUCCGAGCCCUGGUAUGCGGUCCCAAGGCAUCGGGAAAGUCUACGUUUAGCCGCUACCUCCUGAACCAUCUUCUCAGCCCAGCACCACAAACCGAAGGUGUGCGCAGCAGCGCGGACGGUGUCGCAUUCCUGGACCUUGACCCUGGGCAGCCGGAGUUCUCGCCCAUGGGCCAGGUUUACCUGGCACAUCUACGCUCACCAUUCUUCGGGCCUCCGUUUACCCACCCAUCCCUUGAUAAUGCUGCAGAUGCAUAUAUAGUUCGGGCACAUCACAUCGGCGCAACUUCGCCGAAGGAAGACCCAGAUCAUUACGUACUUGCUGCCAUGGACCUGAUGGACAGAUAUCGAGGUUUGUUGGCUAGCUACCCGCAAUGUCCGCUCAUCAUCAACUACCCCGGCUGGAUUUUUGGACUCGGGUUAGAGGUUGCAACAUGGCUCGUGAAAUCCCUUGGUUUGUCGGACGUUGUAUACAUGAGCGAAAAGGGCCCAGCUGAAGUUGUCGAACCUCUCGGUCAAGCCGCGUAUGAGGCACGGACUCCCCUGAUCACACUUCCAUCGCAACCUACAGAUUUCGUGAGCCGCUCAAGCGCGCAGCUACGUACUAUGCAGAUCCAGUCGUACUUCCACAAGACUCGUCCUCAAGCAGUCCAGAACACCCUGUGGUUUGACACGCCAACGUCGCGCGCACGGCCUAUGCUUGUCGACUAUGCCGGCCCGCGACAAGGGAUUCGAGGUAUCAUGGUUAUGGGAUCGGAAAUCCAGCCUGAUCUGCUGCACGACGCUCUUGACGGAAGCAUCGUUGGCGUUGUGGCGGUGGAAACGCCCAAUGCAGUUAUGGGCGAGACCGACACUUCUCUAUGGAACGUGAACCAAGCAAAUGCACCUGCAGAAGAAGACGAUUCAUCCGAUAUUGAAAUGGACGGCUCAACACAUCCAGCACUCAAGCAAUCUGACGCAAGGACUAGCAUGGAAUCAUACACCACGCGCACUGCAAAUGAAGAUCUUCCAUACCUAUUCGUCGGCUCCGGCAGCUGCAGCCCGCUUGACCCGAAAGCAUCCCGCUGUCUGGGCCUAGCACUAGUCAGAUCCAUCAACACCAACACCCGAAAACUCGAACUCGUCACGCCCAUCGCCGGAGACCAUAUCCGCCAUGCACUAGAACAGGGACAUGGAAUCGUGCUUGUCCGCGGACAACUGGAUAACCCCAACUGGGCGAUCAGCGAGGAGUACUAUGCCGCGCGAGCCGCAGCGCAACGCCACCAGCGUCGCGUAGCCCAGGCGCGGAAAGCCAAGCAUGACGAGGAGGAAAAAGAAACGAGUGAUAGUGAUGGCGAUGGCGGCGCAGAUGAUCGCGCGGCAUUGGCCGCGACGGAUGUGAAACAGCAAGCGCAGAUAAGGGACAAACUGCAAGAGCGCAUCCGACGAGCCAGUCAGGCGCCUUGGAUGACCGUCAUCGAAGACGAUGGGAGACGGCAACGCGAAGUGGCGCAACGAGAACGCUCGCUAUGGAAACUGCGGAAGAAGGCGUACGCCGGGAGUGGGAGUGAGAUGGACUAG